AUAUUUUGAACAUUACAGCAAGCCUCUGUCUGACACAGAGGGAUUUCCAAAACAUGGAAUGAAUUAGAAAGAAGUUUUCUUCAAUAUUUAACAUAUCUGUCAGUUUAUUCCCGAUCAAAUCCUUUAAAAGUGUCAUGUAAAACUGCAAAAAUAUGCGAACUCGUUCGGAUAUUAAAAGAACUUCUAAAUCAUCCGACUCAAAAAUCUCUUUAUCCAAAAAUAAUCAGAAAAUUCAGAAUUCAAGUUCAACUCCAAGGAAUCAGAAAAAAACACAACUUGUAAAAUCUUCAUCAACAACACCACCAGCUGUCCAGAGUGAGGCUGGUGUGAGGAAUGGAAAGCUGUUAUCACCAAGGAGGAGAGCGUUAGUACAGACCCCUGGUAGAGAUGAUGUCAUCUGCUCACAACAUUUUGAUUCCCAAAUGGUUGUUGGCUGGGAUUGUAAUUCACCAGAUACUCUUAGAGGCAUUAAAAGAAUUUCAGGGCCCGGCCAUGAUGAUGUUUCUGACCUUGUUAUGACACUGAUUGGAGAAGAG